AUUCUCUCCUAUUUCCUUUUUUUUUUUUGGUAUCCUUUUGCUACAUUACAUUUGCAUUUUAUAAUAAUCUCUACAAACACUGCGAUUUGUUGAGAAAAGGAGAAAGAUGGCUAACGGCGAGAAAACGGAAUUUCCCGAGCCGCGUUACUUCGAGCUUAACACCGGCGCGAAGAUGCCGGCCGUUGGAUUGGGCACUUGGAAGGCUCCGACGGGUCUCGUCGGUGACGCCGUUAUUAACGCCGUUAAGGCUGGUUACAGGCAUAUUGAUUGUGCCAGAGUUUACGAGAAUGAAAAGGAGGUUGGAGAUGCCUUAAAGAAGAUGUUUUUGGACGGAGUAGUCAAACGCAGCGACCUCUUUAUCACUUCCAAACUCUGGUGUAGCGACCACGCCCCCGAGGAUGUUUCCAAGGCACUGAGUAGCACACUACAACACCUGCAGCUGGACUUCAUAGACCUCUAUCUGAUCCACUGGCCUAUUCGAACAAAACCCGGCUCGCGAGGAUUCGAAGCCGAAGUGAUGCUCCCUCUCUGCCUAGAAGAGACAUGGAGCGCUAUGGAAGGGUUGUACGCAUCGGGGCAAGCACGAGCCAUUGGCGUGAGCAACUUUUCCACAAAAAAGCUGCAGGAUCUUUUGGCUCAUUCGAAGGUGCCACCGGCCGUAAACCAAGUCGAGUGCCACCCAGUGUGGCAGCAGCCUGCCCUUCAUAACUUUUGUCGCUCCACCGGCAUCCACCUCUCGGCAUAUUCUCCGCUGGGAUCACCAGGAUCGUGGGUCAAAGGCGAGGUUUUAAAGGAGCCCAUCCUGAUUGAAAUAGCUGAAAAGCUCAAUAAAUCGCCGGCGCAAGUCGCACUCCGAUGGGGUAUACAAAGUGGGCACAGCGUGCUACCAAAGAGUACGACCGAAUCUCGUAUAAAGGAGAACCUCGAUCUGUUUAGUUGGUGCAUUCCUCCAGAACUUUUCUCCAAAUUCUCUGAGAUCCAACAGACGAGGCUUCUUCAAGGAAACUUUGCCGUCCAUGAAUCAGGACCGUAUAAGAGUCUUGAAGAGCUGUGGGAUGGUGAAAUAUGACUUGGGGGACAAAAAUUCCGUGAGGGCGCGAUUUUGUGAGAUACACCCUUUUUUUUUUUUUUUACUGUAGGAUAGUAAUAAUUCCAAACCAUGAGGGCGCGAUUUUGUGAGAUACACCCUUUUUUUUUUUUUUUUACUGUAGGAUAGUAAUAAUUCCAAACCGAAAGCACCGUUGGUGCUAAUGAACAUCUCAGUAAGCAUGCAGAUUUUCUUUUUACUGACAUUGGGACUGUUCAGUUUUGGAGUUCAAACUACUAAAUGUUGUAGUUUAUAAGGUGGCUAAAUAUCCAUUUUGUUGUACUUUCAAAUUAAUUGGUCGUGUUGAAUUGUAACAGGUGAAUUGGCCAAAAAAAAAAAA